AUGGCAUCCAUUUAUGAGAAAUUAAGACCUGUUGUAUUUUAAUAAUAACCAACUGCCUAGUAGAGAUCAGCAUCAUAAUCAAUGUUAGGGGUUAAUUGCUCAAAAUAAUUCAAUACAUCAUGUGAAAUUCAAAAUUAUUUCAUGUAAAGUAAGAAAAAUAUUACUUAAUAACAUCAAACAACACGAGAAAAAGAAAAUACAUUUGAAACAAUCUCAACUGUUAAAAAGGAUGAAAUUACAUUUUUAAAAUAAAGAAUUGCAUAAUUAGAAAAAAUGAAUUCCCAUUAAAUUAACGAAAACAAUAAAUUGAGUGAAACUAUACAAAAAUAUAUGGAAAAAGAAAAACUAUCUAAUGUAAAUUAUCAAAAUUUAUUUAUAGAAAUCAUAAUUAUAAGAAAUAUAGUAUAAAGUACAAAUUUAAGAACUUGAAAAAAAAAUUGCUUUUUUAUAAAAUGAAAACAAAGUCUUGUAAUAAAAUUAAGAGCAAUAUGACUAAAUUGAACUUGAUAAAUACAAAACUAAAUGUUAUUUACUAUAAAAUAAAGUUAAAUAAUUUUAGUAAAUAUCAUUAUUAUAACAAGAGAAGAAAAAAGAAUUACUGAUUUACAAAAGAAAGGCAAGAAAUUAUAUUUAGAAAACUAAUAAUUGAAAAAUUAAAUAGAAUAUUUAUAAAGUGAAAAUUCUACUUUACAACAACAAUUACUUUCGAAUAAUACAGAAAAUCCAAAACUUAAGUAUAAAUUAUAAUUAUCAGUUAAAAGGAUCACAAACUGUAACUUGAAUUAGAAUCUUAGAUCAAAUAUAUGACUCAAAUAAUUGAUUUAGAUUAAAUUAAGAUGAAAAAUCUGGAAGAGAAAGUGGAACUUCUAACCUAAGAAAACAGGAGACUUUAAGAAAUUAAAAAAUAAAAAAUGAUUUGA